CACGACCUGUCCAUCAACAGCCGAACAGCAGUACGGUUCCUACGUUACAGACCACGUGCCGCUUCUCUGCUCUUCUUGAAAAUGUCGCCCAUGAAGCUGUGUGUUCCAGGGGAGAGGCUGUGCAGUACUGAGGACUGUAUCCCCGGCACGGGCACCUACCUCCGCCACGGACAAGUGUACUCCUCACUGGCCGGAUACGUCCUGCGGAAGAACGAGGGGGGAGGAGGUGGGUGGGGGGGAGGAGGUGGGUGGGGGGAGGAGCUACCAGUGAUCUCAGUCUUGAGGGAAACAGAAACACAGCUACUACCUGGCGUGGGAGCGAUAGUCACGUGUAAGGUGACAAGCAUCAACCCCAGGUUUGCCAAGGUGCACAUUCUCUACGGCUCCACCCCUCUGAAAGACCGCUUCAGGGGCACCAUCAGGAAAGAAGAUGUGAGAGCGACAGAAAAGGACAAGGUGGAGGUGUAUAAGAGCUUUCGUCCUGGAGACAUCGUUUUGGCCAAAGUCAUCUCGCUGGGAGACGUCCAGUCCAACUACCUGUUGACGACGGGGGAGAACGAGCUGGGCGUGGUGGUGGCUCACAGCGAGGCUGGAGCCCAGAUGGUGCCUAUCAGCUGGUGUGAGAUGCAGUGUCAGACGCACUCCAAGGAGUUCCGCAAGGUGGCGAGGGUGCAGCCGGAGUACCUGCAGGCGUGAGGGGCUGCAGCCGCAGCAGCCCACCCCUACCCCACCCCCCUCCUCUACCAGGGAACACACAGCUUCUACUUACCAUUCUAACACACACACACA